CCUCCUUAUACUUAUAAGGAGAAGUCAGAAAAACGCGGUACUGUUGCAUGGGUACCCUUGUAAACUUCAUCAAAUUACAAGGGAGCCUGAGAGACAUACGCCUCCAUCGCGUCUCACUGUCUCAUAGCUCGCUGCUCCGUUUCUUCAACAUCAACGUCGAAGAUCUCGGCACCUCUUCAUCGCUGCUGAUGUUGGCCGUCGCGAUCUUCAUCAACAAAUACCCCGGAGUCUUCGCCGCCACAAGUAUCUCCUCCUCCGGCGCCUUCGACCCCCGGUCCAUCGUCAACUCCAUCGUCCUCGCCGUCUCCGGCAUGUCAAUCUCGUCGGAAUCCAACCAUCCAGAUCUUCACCAACACUCCCUUCACAGCACUCUGUCCGUCGUCGGGGACGAAACCUGGCCGGGAGAAAUAUCUUAUAUCCUAUUUGCUGUUUUAAUAUGGUCUAGGUGCGAGGAUAUAGUUUUAACAUCAAUUCGGGGGCUGUUCAAUCACUCUGAGCUUGAUUCAUUUGGCCUUAUCCCGUCAAGCUUGGUAGGUGAAGAUUACACAAAAUCUGUGAAGAUGAGUUCUUUGCAAUUGAAUUUCACCGACCUCUUCAACAACGGAUCAUCCCUCGAUGAGCUCAAUAUGAUUUUCCACUAACUACUGCAAUUGAAUUUUGGGAUGGUGUUGGAGAUGCUCUAAAGAAAGCAAGUGAUGCCAGUUAGCUACUGCAACUAAAGCACUGUAUAGUACUCUGUUCUUGUCCAUCCUUUAGCUACAAGCUGAAGUCUCAUCUACAUUUCAUGCUGAGGAACUCAAGCUAUCAUGUGGAUCUAUUGUUCACAGUAAAAAAAAACUUAUGUAUUCAGUUAUUUACAUGUAACUAUCGGAUUGAUGUAUCGAAAA